AUGAAGAACCUUACAAAGCAGAGGGAAUUUAUUCUACUGGGACUAACAGAUAAAUCUCAGUUACAGAUUGUCAUUUUCUUAUUUCUACUUCUCAAUUACAUUCUAAGCAUGACAGGGAAUUUAACUAUCGUUGCCAUCACUCUCCUGGAUUCCCAUCUCAAAACCCCAAUGUAUUUCUUCCUUCGCAAUUUCUCUUUCUUGGAAAUUUCCUUCACUUCAGUUUGCAUGCCCAGAUUUCUUAUCAGCCUUAUAAUGAACAAAAAUACCAUUUCUUAUAAUGGUUGUAUGUCUCAGCUAUUUUUUUACCUCUUUUUAGGGGUGGCAGAGUUUUUCCUCCUGACUGCUAUGUCCUAUGACCGCUACAUUGCAAUCUGCAAACCCUUGCACUAUACAUCCAUCAUGAGCAACAGAGUUUGUCACCAGCUUGUACUCAGCUCUUGGGUAACUGCAUUCCUGCUCAUUUUCCCUCCAAUAAUUUUGUUUCUUAACCUGGAUUUCUGUACCGAAAAUAUUGACCAUUUUAUUUGUGAUGUCUCUCCUGUCCUGCAGCUUUCUUGUUCAGACACACAUUUACUAGAAUUGAUUGCUUUUUUCUUAGCUCUGAUGAUAGUAAUUGUCACCUUGUUAUUAAUUAUAAUUUCUUACUCUCACAUAAUCAAGACAAUUCUAAAUUUUCCCUCAGCUCAACAAAAGAAAAAAGCAUUUUCCACCUGUGCUUCUCACAUAAUUGUUGUCUCCAUCAGUUAUGGUAGCUGUAUAUUUAUGUACAUUAAGCCAUCAGCAAAUGAAAGAAUUAUGAUCAGCAAAGGAGUAGCUCUGCUCAAUACUUCAGUUGCCCCUAUGUUGAACCCAUUCAUUUAUACGCUGAGGAACCAGCAAGUAAAACAAGCAAUCAGGAAUGUAUUAAAAAAGAUAUUUUCUGUUUCAGACAAAUAA